AUGAAGGAGCUUCAAAGGCAAGUUGAUAAGCUAAUGGAAAAGGGGUACAUUCGUGAGAGUAUGAGCUCGUGUGCUGUACCUGUGCUACUUGUGCCUAAGAAGGAUGAAACAUGGAGGAUGUGUGUUGAUUGUCGAGCCAUCAAUAGCAUAAUGGUAAAGUAUACACAUCUCAUUCCUAGGCUUGAUAACAUGUUAGAUGAGUUACAUGGAUCCUGUAUUAUCUCUAAAAUUGACUUGAAAAGUGGGUACCUUCAUAUUAGGAUAAAAGAAGGUUAUGAGUGGAAAACAACAUUUAAGACAAAGCAUGGUUUGCAUGAAUGUGAGAAAUUGUAUGCUAAUCUUAAAAAAUGUGCAUUUUGUAUGGAGAAAAUUAUGUUUCUUGGCAAUGUUGUAAUUGCACAGGGUAUCGAGAUGGAUGAGGAGAAAGUUAAGGUCAUCCGGGAUUGGCUUGCACCCAAAUCAGUAAGUGAGUAUAAGCAAGGCAAAGAGAACAUAAUAGCUGAUGCACUUUCGCGCAGGUAUGUUCUUUUACACACCAUAAAUACUAGAUUGCUGAGCUUUGAAUAUGUGAAGGAAUUAUAUGAUAAUGAUUCUGACUUUGCCGAGAUUUAUAAUGCAUGUGGACAUUCGACUUUUGAUAAGUUUUAUUUGAUGGAUGGUUACUUGUUUAAAGAGAAUAGAUUGUGUGUUCCUGUUAGUUAUUUGCAUGAAUUGCUUGUUCGUGAAGCACAUGGGGGUAGUUUAAUGGGUCACUUUGGGGUUGUGAAACCUUGGAUGUAUUGCAUAAGCAUUUCUAUUGGCCAAAAAUGA